AUGUCCGAUUCGACCGAUACUCCCGCGCCUCCCGUCCAUGUCGAGUCCGACACUCCCACUAUCUUCUGCGUGGGAAUGGCCGGCAGCGGCAAGACAACUUUUAUGCAGCGGCUCAACUCGCACCUUCAUUCUACGGCCAAGGACGGCAAGAAGCCGUAUGUGAUAAACCUGGACCCCGCUGUGCUCAAGGUGCCGUUUCACACCAACAUAGACAUCCGAGACUCGGUAAAGUACAAAAAAGUCAUGGAAAACUACAAUCUGGGCCCUAACGGAGCCAUCAUGACCUCUCUCAACUUGUUUUCCACCAAGAUCGACCAGGUGCUGGGUCUCAUUGAGAAGCGAGACUCUGACGGAUCCAUCUCCAACAUUCUUGUCGACACCCCAGGUCAGAUUGAGUGUUUCAUUUGGUCCGCAUCAGGAACCAUCAUCACCGAUUCGCUAGCCACAACCUUCCCCACAGUGCUGGCAUACAUUGUUGAUACUCCCCGAGCCACCUCACCCGCAACCUUCAUGUCCAACAUGCUAUACGCAUGCUCGAUUUUGUACAAGACCAAGCUGCCCAUGAUCAUUGUUUUCAAUAAGUGCGACGUGGCAGAAGCUGCGACCCUCAAGGAAUGGAUGCGGGACUUUGAAAAGUUUCAGGAGGUGCUGCGAAAUGACCCUGAGUUGUCGGGCGAAGGAGAGAACUCCAGUGGCUACAUGGGCUCGCUCAUGAACUCGCUGUCACUCAUGCUGGAGGAGUUCUACAACCAUCUGGAUGUGGUGUCUGUCAGUUCUUACACAGGAGAAGGCUUUGACGACUUCAUGGAGGCCGUGGGACACAAGGUCAAGGAAUACAAGGAGGACUAUGCUGAAGAGCGAAAGCGAGUAGUCGCACAGCGAGAGGAGGACAAGAAGAAGCAGAAGGCAAAGGACCUCACUCGGCUCAUGAACGAUAUGGGUAUCGAGGAGCCCAAGGGAGAUAACCCCAGAGACGAGGUUGGAAAGCCCGACAGAAUCGAUACUCUAUCAGAUAUGGACACUGACGAGGAUGAUGACGACGAGGAUACAGGUAUGGUCGAUCGAGACGAUGACGAACCUGGUGCCGAGGCUGCCGGUCCGGGUCUGGAUGCAGCAGACGAGGCUGUUCAUGAACGGUACAAGGCAGCCCUGGCUGUGGCUCAGCAGGAGGCCAAGGAUCAGAAGACUCUUGAUAGGCUGGAGGGAUACAUGAAGGGCCAGAAGAAAUGA